AAAGUCAUUGAGACUUAUUUGCACUACCGUUUCUGACUACCAUCUCUCAUAUGUCAUAUAUUUGCCAUUUUAUAUCUGCAUUUUUAUAUUCUUUAACUUUAUUAAUAUCAUAAAUAUGUUUAUUUGCACUACCGUUAUGCACAAGCGCCAUAUACUGUCAGAGAUUGAAUUUGUUCACUCUGCGCAUCACCAGUGAAAAUGACUUGGGUAUGAACACAAAAAACAUCUCAUAGAACGCUGGCAAUAAGUGCGUGUGAUAUUUGUCACUUGCUCACUUGUUUGAACUUUGGAGGACAUUCUAUUUUGGUUAUUUUAUGGUUGUGCUUGUCCUGAAUGUUCCCUGAUGCUGUGUACUAGUAAAACCCUAUGAAACCGUGACUCAAGGUGGCCCCAGCCCCCCACACACCGAAGUUCAAUUCCAGUAAGCACAGUCACACUCAAUUAUCUCAUGUUUCUUUGGAAGUCAUUUUCUCUGAGGGUGGAAGCAGGGUGGUCAUGCCUCUAGUAUAAAAGCACCAGAUACCUUGUUCUCCAUUUCACUUACUAAAACAAAGUAUGUCAGUUACACUUAACAUUUUAUAAUAAUUUACAGAUAUCCUUCCAGUUAUAUAUUGUACUUUCUGAAACAUUUUUAAACCAAACAAAACUUUUCUGCUUUCAGUACAUUGUAGGACAUUUCAUUGCACAAAUUUCUGUGUCAACCUACUAAGGAUGGCUGAUAGCAAAAUGGCUGUGACCCAAUGGAGCCCGGUGUUUGUACAAGAUCUUCUCCCUGCUGCAGAGAAGACAGCCCUUCUCUACCAUCUCUCUUACCUGUGCCUGGCCAACUUCCCCAACCUGGAGAGAAUCAUCCGGAGUCGGGCUUUGGAAACCCAGCUUCUGUUUGGCUCCUCUGAUGCAACUAUGUUGAAAUGUAUUUUGACCAGUGAAAAUCUGGUUCAGUCGCUGUUUCCCAUGUUGACAAAAGCUGUGGAGAAAAAUAAGGCGGUUUUGGCAGUUAAAUUCUUAGGAAAAGCACAAGUCUGGAUCAAAGACAUUAUCGCUGAAGUGGACAAGAUAGUGGAAAAGUAUGAUUUACACAACAAAGAUGUUGCAUCAUCCACCAGUGAUGUUAUCAAGGAGAAAAUUGAUACAGAUAAAAAGAUUACAGUACAAGACCAGGAGUUGAAGCAGACUGAAAUAACCCUGAAUGGUCUAAAAUGUGAACUGAAAAAAAUCACAGAAGAGCUUGCUGAAACUGAGAAAAAGAUAAACAGCAAAAUCCAAGAGAUUCAAAACUUUGCCAGAUCCAUAACCCAAACAAGUAGAGGCCUCGGCAUCUUCGCUGCACUCGUUCCAUUCAUCGGGCUACUUGUUAAAAGCAUUUAUGAUGCUGUUCAUGAUCCUAAAAAUAUUGCACGAAUGAAGGCUCUUGAAGCUGAAUUGAAUUGUCACAUCGCUGAUAAAACUGCUCUGAAACAAAAACAGUGGCAGCUCCAACUCAAGAUCAUUGAUUGGCAGAUGAAGGCUGCCCAAGCCAGUUUUGACCGGAAUUCCAUACCCAACCCCAUCUAUCUAAAUGAUGUUCAGAGUAGCUUGUCAAAAAUUCAGGCAAUUCUGAUUCAGCUCAAACACUUCUGGGAGAGUGUUGCUCAAAUGCUGGACUACUUGGAAAAAAAGACCUUUGUUGGAGAAGAUCUUAUUGAAGACCUUGCUGACCUAAAAGAUGAAUUUCUAGAAUCAAUCGAAACAGCCAAAGAGGCUUGGGGCAGUUUUGGUGCAGGCUGUAAGAAAGCAUCUGUCAUCUUUAAGCUCCAAACCAAAGAUUCCUACAGGUUUCUGGAGGUCAGUCCUUCCUGUCUUUCCAAGGUGGAGUGGGAAAAUGAGUACAAAUGUGUAAAGGAAAGACUGGAGAAUAUAGACCCACCAAAAAGUGUGCCAUCCUGUGUUACACCUGCUAUUUGUCAAUGAUCAGAGCACUGACACACACAAGUACAUCAUCCUAUUUGAUUUCUGUCUCGUGAUGCUGGUAACCUGCUGAUGAUGUUUAGCUUUGUUAAAUGCUGUACUUGUAAACUGCAGAGUUCUACUCGAAUACAUAAUAUCUAAAACACUCUGUAUACUAUGUAUACUCCUGUCCUUAUGUGUCAUCUCUUUAUGAGCUCUUGCAAAAAGACUCUUGUUUAAUGGAUAAAAAUGGAUGAAUAGUUUUCCCAAUAAAGUUUGAU